AAUAUUAAAAUGAUUUGUACCCGCAAAUUUGCGGGCAUCCACCUAGUGUAAUCUUAACCUACAGUGGUUCUAAUACUAAAUAAGAAUCCUGUAGAUAACUUACGUCUAAGCCGCGUUUUUCCUAAUUCUAAAAAUAUUGCCUUGAAAAGGAAGUAAAUAGAACAAAAAGAUUAUUAUAUUUGGUCUUGGUCUAUAUAUUUAUCAUAAGGCUUAUAGUUAUCAAACCAUAACGAAAAAACAAAGAAUAUGGGUCCAAAAACAUCACAUAAGGUUGCUCUUUUGUUCUCUCUUCUCCUUUUGAUUUUGACGAUUUCCUCUCAAGCUAGAGUCAUCGAGGCUGCAAGCCGAAAACUUGCAUCCGGAAGGAACAUCGUGUAUACUCCAUCUUCAAAAUCUUGCGGAGCGACCCACGCAACGUGGAAGAAGAAGAAACGCGGACCAUGUAGACGUCCUCCAAGAACUGCUCCAGCUUCUUACCAAUCACCAUAAGACCAUAAGACAGUUUUCUCAAAACAAGGAAAGAUGAUAUAUAUAAGACACAUUUUCAUGAUUGUGAAUGAGUCCAAUCUUGGAACCAUAUUUUCAGUUAUUUUCUUUGUUUUUUGUUUGGGAUCCUAAAAAUCAAAUGUUUGAUCGUUUUCUUGAUUUGGUUUCUCUUUCUAAUUCAAUGAAUGUUCGUCGUA